GAUGGAGAGUCAUAAACCGGAUCCGAAUGCAUAAAGAAAGAAAACCGAGAAAACGAGUCGUAAAUUUUAGGAGAUACAUCAAGUCGUGUAAACACUGCUCCGGUUUCAAGUUUAUCGGUAGUGAAUAUCCAAAAUAUAAUUCAAUCUUGUAUUUAAAUCGAGAAAAACUGCUAUAGUACUUACUAUGGUUGAUAUAAAGAAGUGUUUCUAUACAACCAUUCUUUCACAAACCAUAUCCGAUGAUGGAAAAUUUUUGUUUUGUGGAAGUAAUUUCGGAGAAAUACUAAUAUAUAGCAUUGACCGGAUUUCCUGCAUCGAUAGUUCUGUUGCUGAUCCUACCGAGCCACAGGUUGUCUUCACUCUGCAGGAAAAAUGCCAGGUUUACAGUAUGUCCUUCCAUAAAGACUUUUUGAUAGUCGGGCUGAAUGGUGAAGUUUGUGGCUUUCAAUGGAACGUAAAAACAGCAACCAUCGGCAAAAAAGCCUGGACAGUAAAACUUCCAACUUCCGCUGAAAACACAGACAUCAACGAAGUAAAUUAUUUAUGGCUGGACAAGGAUCAGGAAGUUAUUUACGCCGGUUGCGGAGACAAUAUAAUGUAUGCCAUUUCUCUAGAAGAUGGUCGAAUUAUAAGAAAAUAUCAAGCACAUCAAGACUAUAUCCAUUGCGUUGCUGGCUGCGAUGGAAAAGUUGCCACUGCUUCCGAGGACGGUUUGGUACUGCUGUGGGACCCGCGGCAGGCUAAAUUCACUGGAAAAAUUGAGCCCCACUGCAAGGAAAUGCUGAAUCGACCAGAGUUUGGCAAAUGGCAGGGUACGGUAUCUAUUACCGAGGAUUGGCUCGUGUGCGGCGGUGGACCACGGUUCUCCCUUUGGCAUUUGCGCUCGUUGGAGUGUACGACGGACCUAGCAUUCCCAGAGCGUGUUCAUGUAUCUGGAUUUAUAGACGAUGUGAUCUAUGCGGCAGGACAUUGCAAGAAUUUAUACCAAUACAAUUUCAACGGGGACAUAACCGCUGAAAUUCCGAUUUCCGCACCAGCCGUUUAUAGUGUAGUACUGCAAAGCGAACCGACAAAAUUAAUGUCCAUUGCCGGUGCUUCCAGCCACAUCGAUGUCUGCACGAACUUCAGCUAUCGAGAUAUUGUUCUGAAUACAUAUAAAAAGCAAUAAUUUGCAAUGUGGAAAACACUCGAAUAAAUUAUUCUUUCGACCA